AUGGCAGGUCGACUGUCGCAGUCGGUUUUGUCACCCUCACCGAAGGUUUCCGGUCUGUGGCUCCUCGAUCCGUGGGUUGCACGUGCUGCCAGUGAUGCUCGAGAGCCUACUUUUGCCCUGCCGCCGGAUUUGGAUGGGUUGCUGCAUCGUGCUACUGCGGUAUGUGGUGCUGUUGGACUGGCGAAUUGGACGGCCCUAAGCGCCGCUGCGGCUUGUUACUGUGGUGGCCAGGAGACACAGACGACUAGACCACCCUCAUCAUCUCAAUCUCUGCUGCCUCCGUCCAUCAUGAGGUUUGCACGUCCACUUACAGAGAACAUCGGUGGCAGUGGCGGAGGCCUCUCCGCUCUCUCCGCCUCUGCUGCUGCAUUGUUCGCUUUUCACCAUCGAAACAGCGGUGCUGGCAGUGAUUCCGACUAG